AUGGCGGCCCCGAUGACAGGACGUGGUCUGAGCUUUAUUAGGAAUCUACCGGGGCUGUUACACUCACGGUUACAGUGGGGCAACACUCUUCAGCAGCUGUCAUGUCUCCACACCAGCACUUCACUGGAAUCAAAGAACUGGGAGAAGAUGAACCGGAAAGUGUAUCCACCUCAAUUGCCAGAUGAGCCUCGUAGACCAGCAGAAGUCCACCACAGCAGGAGGCAGAUUAAAUACAGCAAAGACAAGAUGUGGUACCUGGCAAAAUUGAUCAGAGGGAUGAGCAUAGACGAGGCCAUCGCACAGCUGGAGUUCAACGACAAGAAAGGAGCCAAGAUCAUGAAAGAGGUCCUUUUGGAGGCUCAGGAGAUGGCAGUCAAGAAUCACAAUGUUGAGUACAAGUCCAACCUGUAUGUAGCCGAAUCCUACACAGGGAAAGGAAAGUACCUGAAGCGGAUCCGGUACCACGGCCGGGGUAUGUUCGGCAUCAUGGACAAAGUUUACUGCCACUACUUUGUCAAGCUGGUGGAGGGUUCGCCGCCUAAAACAGAGGAGAAGACGAGCUUCGACCAGGCCAAGGAGUACGUCCAGAGCCUCAAGAACCGGACCAUCAUCCACAGCCUAUAGACCGUUGUUAUGUGUGUAAAUGUGUCAUUUCAUAUCUGUAAAUAAAUAAAUGAGUGAAUGAGUAAGAAG